AACACACCAUGGAGUGCUGGGUAAGCCCUGGAGUGUAACCGCUGUUUGUGCUUCUCCGAGCUGGCCUCUCACUGGUCGCAUAACCUGUAACCACAGUUAUAGAUAAGUUUAAGUUUAUUCGGUCAUUGACCAGCAAACCACAGUUACAGAGGCGGAUGCAUGCAGAUAACACAACAGCCCCUUCUAACAGAGGUUUAGAAUGAAACUGAUGAGUCAUCCCAGCUCCCAAUUCCAGUUUGAUGGUGCCACCUCACCGAAUACAUCUGCCCGCGAUCCCGUCCCCACCUCUUCAUUGCCCUCCCUGCCCUGGCCACUUUGCUGAGGAUCGAAACAAGUGGGAGCGUGGAGAGGUGGCACCCAGAGAAGAGUCCUGCCACUUCCCCUUCCGUUACCAGCGCAAGAUGCACUAUUCCUGCAUCCCGGGUAGCUUUGCUCAGCACUGGUGUGCCACCACAGAAAACUAUGACCGAGACAGAAAAUGGAGAUACUGUGAGAAAGAAGAAAGGCCAAGAGGACAGUGUGACCCAAACCCAUGCCAGAAUGGUGGUAUCUGUGAAGCUCGACGAAUUGGGUUCCAUUGCAUCUGUACAGCUGGUUUCUAUGGGAGACACUGUGAGAAAGAAGGCUGCUUUGAAGCACGAAGACCGCCACACAUUGGCAAGAUGGAGACGUGGCUGCAGCAUCGGCCUACUGGGCUGGAAGAAUGCCAUUGCGCUAAAAGGAAGAUGAUCUGCAAGCCUAUCCAUGGAAAGGCAUGUGCAACUGACCACUGUUUGAAUGGAGGCCAUUGCAUAGAGCUGAAGACAGGCUGGUUCUGCGGCUGUCCUGAUGGAUUUUCUGGGCCACAGUGUGACAUAGCCCACACUCAGACCUGCUACAGCGGGAAUGGAGAGCUGUACCGAGGCAUGGCCCAGAGAGGCUUCUCAGGGGCACCCUGCCUGCCGUGGGACUCCCCCAUCCUGCAUUAUGAGUUCUCCAGCUCUUUGGACACUGCAAAGAGCUUGGGUCUGGGGGCACAUUCAUUCUGCAGAAACCCUGAUAAUGAUAGCCAGCCGUGGUGUUAUGUGCUGAAAGACAGUCAGCUCAACUGGGAGUUCUGCAAUGUCUCUCGUUGUCCUCCCCCAACGACAGAUCCUGCAGUAACAAUAGAUCCCCAUCAACCUUUGGAACCAGAGCAGAAGUCCCCAAAUAUGACCAAUACUACGCAGCAUAGCACUGUCCCACCUCCAGUUUGUGGGCAGCGCUAUAUGAAGACCACCCCCACUCGCACUCGUGUGGUGGGCGGCAUGGUGGCCCUUUCUGGCGCCCAUCCCUAUAUGGCUGCCAUGUAUAUAGGGGAGCAGUUCUGUGGAGGGAGCCUCAUCGCCUCCUGCUGGAUCCUGACGGCUGCACAUUGUCUGGAGCACAGGCCAAGUGCCUCCAAGAUUUCUGUGGUGCUGGGACAGACCCGCUUCAACAUCAGCACUGAAGACUCCAGGAAGCUUCAGGUCCAAGGCUAUCAGUUGCAUGAGAAGUACUCUGCAGUCAACAAGCACCAUGACAUUGCACUGGUGAGACUGAAGGAGACUGGACCAGGACAGUGUGCUGAGUUUUCACAUUCCAUUUUGCCUGUGUGCCUACCCAACUCAACAGCAAUAGUAGAUGCCAGCAAGCAAUGCCAUAUUGCAGGAUGGGGACAUCAGUAUGAAGGAGCUGACACACUCUCAGUGUAUCUGCAGGAGGCAGAUAUGCCUGUCAUCCCCCAUGAGCAAUGCCGUUCUCAGGAGGUACAUGGGAGUCGGAUCACCUCAAACAUGUUGUGUGCUGGGUAUCUGGAUGGAAGAGCUGAUGCUUGUCAGGGAGAUUCUGGCGGGCCCCUGGUGUGUGAGGAGCAGGGCAGGGCCAUCCUACAUGGUAUCAUCAGCUGGGGCACAGGCUGUGCAGUGAAGAACAAGCCUGGGGUUUACACCAGUGUUGCUCACUAUUUUGACUGGAUCCAAAGCCACAUGCAUUAGCAAGCCUGAUGGUUCAAACCCAUUCGACUAGAUAUUGAGUAUUAUAGAGCAAAACAUUUCAGAGUUGAAUGUAUCUUUUGUCAUAAAUAAACCACAGGCAAUA